AUGUUCUCUUUGUUGUUUCCGCGGUCACCUUUGUGCACAGUAGCCAUAGUAUUCUACACUUGUGUGUGCAUUCCCUUGGAGAGAUUGAAGAAGCAGUGCGGAUUUGAUGAAUCACAACACCAUGAAGAUUACCACCUAACCGGUUUCAUGUUUGGGGACAAGCCAAAGAAGAAGGAAGAGGAGAAGAUAUGCUGCUCAAUAUGUCUUGUGGAUUAUGAGGCUGAGGAUGCAGUGACACAUCUCCCAAGAUGCAAUCAUCUCUUCCAUAUUCAUUGCAUUGAACCUUGGCUUCUCCGUGGCAAUCUCACUUGCCCUCUCUGCAGAUCUUUUGUAUUCUCUCCUCCUUCUCCUCAUACACACAACAAUUCUGACUCGGCGGUUCCGACCAAGAUGUCGCCGCACCAAAUUGGCUUGCCGUGGCCCGAGCUCAACGAUGGUUUGACAUACAAAGAUGUUGUCUCAUCUUCUGACUCAGAGUUAACGACGGUGUCAGAUUUCUACUACACUAAGUACAAGAGCUCAGCUCCAUUGCUUGGGUGGAUUCAACGAAUCCAAAACGGACAGAUACAAGUUGAUGGGGAAGUUGUAAAAGAUCCCAACACACUCCUUAGAAGUGGUUCCAAGUUGGUUUACCACAGGCUUCCUUGGAAGGAACCUGACACGCCAUACUUGCUAGAUAUUUUGUAUGAAGAUGAUAAUUUGAUAGCUUUAAACAAGCCGUCUGGACUCCAAGUAUUGCCUGGCGGACUUUUCCAGCAAAGGACUGUGUUGACGCAACUGCAGUGGUGUUUUGGUAAAAAAAAUUCUUCAACUGGAGCUAUUGCACACCCUGUCCCUGUACAUCGUCUGGGGAGAGGAACAUCAGGUAUACUUCUCUGUGCAAAGACAAAGCUUGCAAAAACUAAACUUUCAGCUUAUUUUGCUGAGGGGACGUCUCUUGUCGGGUCUGGCAACAUGGGUCAAGAGUGUGGAACCGUAAGAAAAAUUUCAAAGAUAUAUCGAGCACUAGCGAGUGGUAUACUUGAAGAAGACGAGGCAAGGCUAUUUAUCAAACAGCCUAUCGGGGUGGUUCGAUAUCCUGGCGUAGCAAAAGGAUUAUAUGUUGCUUUUUCAGAAGGCAAACCUGCUUUGAGCAAAGUAAUUGUUUUGGAAAGGGACAGGCUGAGAGAUUGCACGCUUGUUAAGGUAGAGAUACAGUCUGGAAGAGCACAUCAGAUCCGGAUUCAUCUUGCAUUUAUGGGACAUCCAUUAGUAGGGGACCCACUUUAUGUUGCGGGAGGACAACCGAAGUGUGUUGAUCCAGAUCUUGUAGAUGCUACUACUCCUUUUGCUGAAGACGGGGGUUACCAAAGACCGAGUCAAGCUGUUCCCGGGGAUUGCGGAUAUCAUCUUCAUGCACAUGAAGUAGCGAUACCAAACCUGUUGCACACUCACAAUGUAUAA